CUUUCUUUCCCUUUCUACUACUGGUUUGUAUAUACUCUGGGACAACCACUCUUGUAUGACCAGUUGCUCGCAACAAUGUCACCAACACAAGCGCCGUCGACGACGCCGACGCCGGACACAUCUUUCACAAUUACUGUUGCUGGUACUGAUGCUGUCGCUGCUUCUCCGUUAGCGCAGUCGGAUGUCUAUCUCAGCUACUUGCCUGUCAUUGUUAUUUGUGUAGCCUCGCUCUACAUUUCAGUGUACAUACUGCGAUGUAUUUACUGGCAUUAUCGACGUCGAAGAAAGCGUCAAUUAUGGUUAGAGCGUGGCCGCUUACGCUUAUUAUGGAUGGAAGCAACCGCCCGACAUGAGGAAAAACAGCAGCAAUCGGAAAAGACAACAUAUCAAGAUCUACCAGCUAACAGCAUGUCACCUCAACCUCCUCCGCCAGCCUCAACAGUAAUGUCAUCAAAGGUACUACCAAGACCAGCAUCAUACCCAAGCCAUAGUAACCCAUCAAGUCUCACCACAAUCCCCUUCUCCAACAUAACGUCUGGCUCUUCCACUUCCUCGUCUUACUCUUAUAUCCUGACGACGCCAGGCUCCACAGUAUCAAAAUCCCAUGCAUCCCCAGUAAUCGGCAGCACCUCAACAGCGGCAAGAGGGGGUCCACGUCCACAUUCUGUCAUGGGGACAACCUCUGCACGAUCAACAUGUUUUAAUUCGGCUACUACCCUGGCUGCGUCAUCAACAUCAUCACAAACUCCUGCUUCCUUGUCACAACAGUGCCACAGCGUCCUGUCUAAAACCAACAUAUCUAAUACUAUCGCUACAGCAUCAAAAUCCACGGCAGCAAUGAAGAAAUGGCGAUAUCGGACACAGAACAAAAAAAGGCGACGGUGGCUGAUAUGGCAAUGGAGUGUAGCAAUGGGCUAUUGUCGUUACAGUCAUGCAAGUCGGUUAGAGCAUGUUGUACAGCAGCUUCAACAAGCGCGAGAACAACAGCACCAAGACGGAACAAAAGAAAAAGACGAGAGGGCAUCACCCUCAACCUCAACCUCAUCACCAGCAUCUAUCAUAACUUAAUACUGUAAUAUUUUCUCUUUGUAACUUUCUUUUUGAUUUUGUGUUUAUCAUUUUCUCCUUUCCACUGUGUUGCUUCUGCGGGUAUCUACAGUAGCACGUUACCGACAGACCGCUGUUAGGUUUAGUAAUUAUAAAUAAAUCAUGCAAAUUUGAC